AUGGCAGGAGCAAUUAUAGAGAACAUGAGCACAAAGAAAUUGAUCAUUUUUGGCUUCUUUAUCCUCCUUUUCCAGGUACUUUCAAUUAUGGUUGGAGCAUUUAUUGGUAAGUAGUAAUAUUUUGUUCAUGUAUUGUAAACAAGUUUUAUUUCAAGAAAGUGUAGCUUAAAUCUUUUGUGCUUGUUAAGAACCAAAGCAGCUAAAUAACUUCAAAUUAUAUUUUGUGUAGUAAGAAAGUUACAGGUCAAACAGCUCAUUUUUGACAGACUAUUCCCCUCUGUCAUAGCUCCUACCCCCACCAGUGCCAUCCACUACCUUGCCACUAAAUGCAUUGACCGCCACAGGACACGCAGCUCGCAGAUGCCAUGGGGGACAAACCGGUGCCAGCAGAUCCACAGCUUUGAUGCGCCUCUUGCAAAAUUACUGGAUGCCAACGAUAUUGUGUUUGCUGUGCAUAUCCCUCUCCCCGACAGGGAGAUGAGCCCCUGGUUUCAGUACAUGCUGGCUUUUCUGCAGGUUGAUAUUGCCUUCAAAAUGAUCAACCAGAUUGGUAAGAAAUGCAUUUUUUGUCACAAGUUCUGAUAGAAUUGGUGAAAGAUGUAUUUUAUUUUAUUUUUAUUAAUUCUUGAUGUGGACUACACAAAUGUUUUUGUCACAGAGGAUGAUGUCGUCAUCACUAUUGAUGCUGGCCUGGCCUACAGGGAUCAUUUGAAAUCUAAGUGGACUACAAAGUUUCACUCAGUGGAGCAAAGGCCACUCAGGUGCACCUUUGAAGUCCCCAAGGUAAAUCUGCAUUGGCUUUUCUUCUUUUCUUCUCUCCCUGAUAAAGGCUUGAUGCUGAAACACGUCUAGGUUUGCUAUUAAGGUCUACAUGACCAUGCUGUUAAAAUAAAGGCAUUUUAUAUUAUUGAGAGAGUGCCUUGGAGUUUUUUCUCUUUUUGCUUCAAUGACUUCGUGAAUCCCAUUCCAAAGAGCACCUCAGACUAACUCUUUGUUGAGUCCAGGUAGCAACCCUUUCCUUUUGUCUUCUGUAUUGGGUUUUAACAAAAAAAUAAUUUUCAUGACUGAUUAACCUGAAGUAAAUUUUGACCAUUAUUCAAUUCAAUUAUCUAUAAAAUAUACAUAUUUUCAGAGCUGAUAGUUACUCGUAAAAGGUAGUAGUGGUUCAUUUUCUGUUGACAGACCAGAGUGAAUCAAUCCAUAAAUGCUAAUACAUCAUUUCUGAAGGUUUUACUUGAAUAGUAACCCGUCUGAGUUCAUACUUUUGCAGACUUAUGAAAAUGAAGGCCGCUUUUAUCAGUGUGACCCCAUACCAUUCAUGGAACUGGGAAGUGUGGCGCAUAAAUACUUUCUCAUUAACCUCCGUCUGCCAGUGAAUGACACAAUUAAUGUUGGCAUUGGAGAUAUAAAGGACAUCCAUGUAGUGGUGAGUUUAACCUCUGUUAAGUCAACAUCUAUGUUGAUCGAAUGAAAAUUUGAAGUCUCUAUAUUUAAACAUAAAUGUCUUUGCUCUUUAGGGCAUUCACCAGAAUGGAGGCUUCACCAAAGUGUGGAUCAGCAUGAGGACCGUGUUCAGUCCCUGGACAUUUGUGGCCACAGUUUGGUACUGGCACAGGAUCAGCCUUAUGGCAAGACCUCCAGUCCUCUUAGAAAAGUAUGAGUGAGCGGAGGAUAAUGGCUAAGAGUGUAAUAUUUUUAUCAAAUCCAGUGUGUUUCUAUUCACAUUCUUUUUGUGUCACUCAUUAGAAAUACUUUAAAGGUAGAGAUACUUUACUUUAAAGGUGCUGUGAGAAGUUUUAAACUGGCAAAGAAAUAGGCUUUAACUGAUAAUCAUGUUUUUCUUGUUGUCUACAUGUUCAUAUGGCAUUUUUCUGAUGCUACAGGGCAUAUCAUGGGAAAAGUAAAUACAGAAUUGUAUUUCAAAGUAUUUUUGCAUUCAAAUCACUGUGAACUUAUGGCAGACCCAAAAGGCAGGUUCAGACAGUGAGAUUUCCUACACAGCAAAUCCAAGCUCCGCCCCCGGAACACCGCUAUGCAGGCCAGACUCGGAAAAAUAGACAAGAUGAUUGUGGAACAACUGUGUGCAUUAGCAGAUGGAAAUGCUCAUAAGACAGCUAAUUAUGAUACUAACUUUCAUUACGUCCCUAGAGACAUUAGUCUAUCUAUCUAUCUAUCUAUCUAUCUAUCUAUCUAAAAAAAAAGAUCGGACUCACCAAGAAAGCUGUAAUAACACUGUGGUAUUUUUCAUUGUUACAAACAGUCUAUUAUUUAAUAAUAAUGACAGGACAGGACCCCCCCCCCCCCCCCUGGUCUGUUACUCAGCCUUACUGUUAUGUCAAGGAGACAGUUAUGAAUUCAAGACAACUCUACCACCAUGAAAAGUGCAGUAAAAGCAUGUGAGUAAUGUGUCAUGGACUGUCAAUGUUUGGAAAAAGCCAUUGAAAAAAUAAAUGCAGUUUAUAGGGAGUUCCCUUCCUGAACUGAAAUGGACUAUGCUGAAUCUUGCACUGACUUUCAGGUCAAACUGUAUUGUGGUUGAAUUAUUUUUGUUGUCCUUUACAUUAAACACUAUGGGUCUCUGUCAAUCCCUACAUUUGUACAGGCUUAGGAUGUUUUUGCUGGUUGAACACUGUUUUUAAAAGGUAGUUGUAAAUGCAACCCAGAUCUUAAAAGUCAUUCAGUGAACCUAAAGCCCCAGAUGAACCUUCUUUCAUACUUUGAAGUAGUAUCAGAGCUCGAGGUUUGCUUUUUUUGUACAGCAGGUGAAAUGACUAGUGCUUUGUGUUACAUGCUUAAGUGCCCUGAAUCAGGUCAAUACUUGCCCCACAGCAGAAAGUCACCUGUUUUUUGUUUUGUUCUGUUUUUUUAAACAAAUGUAAAGAGAUGCUCGUGUGUUAUUAUGCUGUGCAGGGUGAUUUUUGCUCUCGGCAUCUCCAUGACGUUCCUGAACGUGCCUGUGGAGUGGCUUUCUCUGGGCUUUGAGUGGACAUGGAUGCUGCUGUUUGAAGAUGUUCGGCAGGGUGUCUUUUACUCCACUCUCUUCUGUUUCUGGAUAAUCUUCUGUGGUGAACACCUCAUGGUCUGCAAAUGUCAGUUGUUCUCAAAUGUACACCUCAAAUACUUUCAUUCCACUUAUACUAUCCUUUAUACUCUGCAGGACCAAAGUCAGAGGAAUCAGUUCUCAACGUACUGGUGGCAGGUUGGGCUGGUGGUGUUUGGCUCGUCUAUCCUCCUCAUAUUUGACCUGAGUGAAAGGUAAUGGCAUGACUGCUGUAAUGAGAUAGCUAUGAAUUCAUUGCUAUAUCUCUUUUUAAAUGUUAAUGUACUGUAUGUGUUUUGAAGGGGGGUUCAUCUGACCAAUCCUUUCUACAGUGUUUGGGCCUCAGAAGUUGGGUCAAGGGUGGCAGUAUCCUUUUAUUUUUACUCAUUAUGUUCUGAUUUAUGAGAACAUACUUGAAUAUUGAUCCAGGCUCUUUCCUUGACUGUUCUCUUGGAAAACUUUCAUUAUUGUUGCAGGGAUUUCUGUUUGUCUUUAUUUUGUCUCCCUGUGUGGCAUGGUGCAUUGUGUGUUCAGGAACAUGGGUGGAAAAAUUAAGCAACUGCCCACAAUGCCAAGAGCGAGAAGACUGCGUUACACGGUUGGAUAUGUUUGAUUUAUUUCCUGAAACACAUAAAUAUAGAAGAGUAUAAGAGCAGGGGAUUAAGAAAACAAACGCUCCUUGUAUGCUAGUACUGCUAAAUGACCAGCAGGGGGCAGUAAAACACCAUAUUCUGUGAACCUUGCACUCAUACUUCCCACAACUUUCUUGCACAAAUUCACCUUUCCCCAUUCUCACUUACUUAGAAUACAGCUCUUGAACUGAAAUCUUAGCCAUAUGGCUGUAUUCUGAACAUUUUACAAUACUCAUUCGAUGAUGUAAAUAAAAACUUGUUUUUUCAACUUUGAUCCUAAGAUUUCAGCUAUAUUUGAACAUUUUACGUAAUAGUCAGCACUUAGAAUUUUUUUAUGAAGAGCUCAACCUAAGACAGCUCAAGAUGACAGAAUAAAAGUUUUUCACUGAACCCAAAGAUUGCAAAGGUAGCUUUUCCCCUCACCGCUGUUAUUUGUUUAUGAUGCUAUGUUUUUCUCAUGGUAGAUUUAUGUUGUGUCUCACUCAACAAUGUAACAGAGAGUUCAAUCUAGACUGUCUCAACUGUUGCUGUUUUUUUUUUGCAGGGUAUAAUCUUCAGGUUCAAGUUUUUAAUGCUGGUAACUUUAGCAUGUGCAGCCAUGACUGUCAUCUUCUUCAUCUUAAACCAAGUAUGUAUCACCCCUCCACUGAUCAACACUGACAGUCUUACCCACAUGCUUUGUGAUCAUUUUUAUCCUAAUAAAGUUUGUAUUUCACCAGGUGAGUGAUGGUCACUGGCGCUGGGGAGACUACACUCUACAGGUCCACAGUGCUUUUUUCACAGGGGUCUACAGCAUGUGGAACCUGUAUGUUUUUUCCAUCAUCUUCCUGUAUGCCCCCUCCCACAAGAACAGAAACAAGUCAGGAGACUUUCAGCAAACAGGUGUGUAACACAUAGCCUUUAUAUCGAAAAUCUAAUCCAUUAAAUAACUCGUCAGACAUACCAACAAUAUUUCACAACUAGAGUCAGUUGUCUAUGGGAGACAGAGCUGUGGCCAAACAGAAGGUUUGCAGUUUGAUCCCAUCUCCAACAGUCAAGUGAUGGAGUGCUUUUGGGCACACUACUGAAACCCGGACUGCUCCUGGUGAUAUAGUGAGCGUUGUAUGCCCUUUUAUUAAAUCCUCUGUCAUCAAUGUAUGAAUGUGGUACAAUGGCUGACUGUGAUGAGUUGUGUUGAAGCACUUUCAGUGGUCAGAAAGAGUAUAAAUCUGUUUUAUACAACACAGUAUAAGAACUUUAUUGAUUCCCAAAGGGAAAUCAAAAUAAGUUUGUCAGGAGUCUCAUCUCAUCUUUAGUUUAUAGAGGAAUAAGUCUGAUGGAUGUGGCACAAAAGAUCUUCUUAAUCUCUCAGUCCAACAGUGAAGAGAGAGGAGCCGCCCACCACUGUUGUUUUUGGUACCACCUUUUUUGGUAUAUGUGCAGGUCCACAUAUCAUUUAGCAUUUAAGAUUGUUUUUUCUGUUGGCAGAUAUGCUGAAGACACCAGCGAGCCAAGAGACCUGGCUAUCAUGUGGCGAGCAGGGGCCAACAGAGACAUACAGGAUGGCAGGGAAGGUAGCUGAAGAGUAACUACCAGACCUUAAGUGAUUUUCAAGUUUUGUAUUUUAUUUGACUUUAGUGUUAUUGUUUUUUUCUUUUUAUUUGUUUAAUGAAAAAAUAAUACAUGCAUGGCCGAUGCACUUACACUUUCAGUGAUGGCUUAACUUUGAUCUGUAUAACUUUAUAAUGUAUAUGAUAAGGACAUAAACAGUAACCGCUGUAACACUCAAGGACAGAUCAGAGGGGGAGAUUGAACUCAAAAACGCUGUUUGCUUUUAGAUGUCAUGAAAUGCAUCAAUAGGAAUUUAAGUCUAUUUCAUAAAUGUCAAAAAACUCUUCAUAUGAGCUCUAAUAGAAAUUAAAACCUAGUGACUCUAGUAAUUGUGGCAUUUGGGGGUAUGGAAUGUAUUUGACUUCUUGUAGCAAUUUCAUGAACCAUUAAAUCUAGCUUUGUGAGUUAUUACCACUAAAAUUACAAAAUAAAGAUUGAACCACAUAAAAUUGUUGACAUCUUACAUUAACUGUGGGCACUAAAACACUGAUACACACUCCAGGAUAAUUACAGUACAUUUAUUUUUUAUGCACUGCAUGUCUGUUUUGUUGAUCAUAAAAUACUGACACAUAAAAAAAGUGAACAUUUCAUCCAUAGCAAUAAAAAGUUUCACAGUUUUCAUCAUGUCCCCUUGAUCUUUGAAUGUAAUGAUGCAGGUAUACAGGUCGAGCCACAUCAAGGGGUGGAAAUUGCACUUUUUAAAAGCCAAUCCUGCCAUCGCGAUCUUAUUUCUUAUAAAGAUGAGUCGUGAAAAUGCAACGAAAUAUACAUUUCUGAAGAGUUUGAUAAACAUUUAACGUCCUCCAGACGCCUGAAAGUAUAAGGUGGUGUGAUUUCACCUACCGACAGAGGGCGCUGUCGUCUCCUCCACACAGCAGAGAAGUAAGUCCCAGCCCUGAAGCUUACUAUCCGCCAGCAGCAGAUGUUUGUCUCCGCUUCUUCUGUCACUGUCGGUGAGAUCAGCAGGGCUCACGUUUUAUUCUCUGCGUCUGAAACCGUUAAUUCAACACAGCUGGCGUGUAUUUUUUAGAUUAAAGGACCCACAUCAGAGUUUUUUUUCAUUGCUCGACUGUGUGGAAAAAGAAACUCAGUCGUAUCAGAGAGGCCAGGUGAGUGUUAACCCAGAGAUUACAUGAAUUGUCUGCCAGCAACUGUAACACAACAUGACUGGUGUAUCUGUCUGUCAGAGGGAGGCAACCGAAAAACUUUAAACGAAAGUUUACCACCACAAUUGAAUUUUGACACCCAGUUUGUGUAAACUGGGACAAGUAGGUGCAUGUGAUGUGUUUCUAGGCUACGCGGUCAUAUUUGUGUCAGCUUUCAAAGGAAAGCAUAUGAAGGAAUAACGGGGGGAAACAACUUUCUCCUCAUAUUGCCUAUUUGCAAAUGAUCUGAGUCUGAGAGAAAUGUUUUCUGAACUGUUUUUUUCCCCCAUUGUGCUACCUUAUUUUAUACACAACUGUUUCUCUAAAAAUGCAAAUUGAUAGUUUUGGUAAGACUUCAUAAUUAUCUGAGUCGGGUUAAGUUUUUAGGCCUAUGUUGUAAACAUAUCGAGAGCUAUUAUGGGGAGCUUUAUCUACUGAUCGAUUAGACUGAUCAAUAAUACUGCUUCUUUGUUACCAACAAAAGCAAACUAGAUUAUCAGCGCAAGGACUGGCUGUGUUCUAUGGUCAAUUUUAAUACCUAACACCCCUGUGGAGGUGUCUCAAGAGGGGGUCAACAGCACUCUGUUAAAACAUUUUUACUGUUGACAAUCUCUGCAACAACAAUGGUCCUACUAGGUGUUAUUGUGCGUUAAAACAAAGCAUAAUGAGAUUUUUUGAAACUGCAAACAGACAAAUAAACAGAAAAUAACAGUAGGUGUACUUGUAUUCAUGGACAGAUGUAACUGCAUGGCCUAUGAUGAUAGAUGGACUGUCCUGUCACUGUACAGGUGUUAAAAAAGGACUAACCAGUAAGCCAUAGCAGCAGCAGAUUCACAGUGUAGACUUUUUACUUAUUUAGUUCAUUGGCCAUCUGCAGAAUAAAAGGCUGAUACAAAUAAUCAACCAAAUGCAGAAUAUUGGUCUUGAAACUUGAUUGUCAACAUUAACAGAAGCUACUGCCAUAGGAUAGUGGUGGGUAGCUGUACUACAGCUUAUACACAACAUAUGAUGGGCAUGUCAGGUUUACAUAUUACAAAAAUAUUGGCUUGUUUAACCCUAAGCUCUGCAGCAGACUGUCAACAAGCAUUUCAUUGUUAACUCGACUAAAGAAGCUCCUUCCCUGGUCUACAGGGGCCAACAUUGUUUGCAUCUCAUCUAUGCAGAAUCAGACAUUACAUUACCUUGGGUGAGGUUAGGAUUAGAAAUAAUUAGUAAACUGAUUUAAAGUACAUACAAAGUCAGAUAAUAGGAUUAUAGAUUAAAUAGUUCUGCAGUUCUUUUGUUUCACCAACUGAAUGGAUAAUUUAUUUUGGAGGUUUUGGAUGGGUGCAUGGAUCAAAUAAACCUCAUCAAUACACCUUCUUUAAUACAUGGACAUGGAUAAAACAUAAUUUUUCUGCACACAAAUAUUGGCUAUUAACGAAUGGUGAGCGACACCCUUUUGUCAUGUUUAGACUGGUGAGCAUCACAAGUUUCUCAGGAGAAAUUCCUCAAAGUUUUUCUCACUAUAUGGCUAUUAUGAUAAUGUGUCGAGCAAAUACUGAAUGAAAGUUGAACAGUGUUUCAUGUUAUUUGAACAUCUCUUAUCUCUUCUUUACCUUAGAUAAAAUACAUAGACAUACGCUGUUUCUUGAUCAUGUUUUGGGUGCUGGCCCUAGUACCUUUGACAAGAAUGUUAACCAGUGACUGCAAAUUAUGCUGAACUACAAAAAGACAUUGAAUAUUUGUUGGUCUCUUUUUAGUUUUGCCUACUUUUACCCUAUCAGUUAAAUGGCUUUGGUCAGCUGCAUGUGACUCCACCUGAGUGGGUCUGUGGUGCUGACGUGGGUUUGGCUGCGUUGCCUGGUUACACCACAUUCAGACCAUAGCGUGGUUUAAUCUUGUGAGAGUGUCGCCCCCUCCCUCUUUCUCCCCUCCUCUCUAUCCCUGGACUCAAAUUCCACGCCGGCCUCCUUGGAGCUGGUGUGUGCGUCACUGCUCUGCUCACAAAGAGCUUCAGAGAAUGAUCCAGUCAACACAGCCCAGCCUCCAGCCCUGUUAGUCCACAGCCACAUGUGAAAUAUGUUUCAACACACGUCACAGCUUCCUCAGCCUCCUCACCUGAGAUUUUCACAGUGACGAAAGUCUCGAACAGUCUGAGUGUGUAAGUGCAUGAGUCAGACACGAGGCCUCACAGCAUUAGCUGCUUAUCAACAGAGGAUAAAGACCUUUUGAGUUAGUCUGCUUUUCUUCACAGACUCUGCCACUACUUUUCAAACCACAUGGGUGCUUUGAACACUCAUUAAAAUACCAUGAUUUAAUUUUUUUUUAUCGUUAACAGGAUCUAAAAACAUGUUACAUCCUGAUAGCAAACAGGCAAUGACUAAGCAGUCGAUACUUGCAUGACUUCAUUCAAAAGCUGCUGAAUAGGAGGAACUGCUCUUACUUUAAUAGGUGGGUUUUUCUGACUGUACACAGUCUGGUUAUCUCAAUAAAAGUAUGACCAAACCCUUAAAAUAAUCCAACAAAAGGGCUGACAGCUGUCCAGUUUUAAUGUCCAAUGCUGAAUUGCAGGAAUUGUCACUAAAUAGAAAGCUAAUACAGUUAAUCACUCAUGUAUGCAACAGGUGUUUAAUGUAAAUCUCUUUAUCCAUAUAUUGCAGACAGAAAUGAACUCUGUUGUUGCAUUAAAAACAGAAUAUCUACUAUUCAUUUUUAAAUCAAGUAUAACUUCAUGAAUUGCUCUGUUGUUUUUUAGUCAAUGUAUAGAAUGGCUUUGGCUGCUACAAUUUGUUUUCAGCAAGCAGAGGAUAAUAGAUUAUAAGUAGUUGAUGUCAGAUAGCUGUGUGCUGCCAUGGAAGCCUGACAGGAGCAUGACAUAAGAUGAAGCUAGACCUCCACAGCUCUUAUCAGCUGUGGCACUCAGUUUGAGACCCACAGUACAGAGACUCACAUGUGGCUCUUCAGUAAAUCAGAGUUAAGGUAUGAUUACUGCACAUGAAAUGGGUCUGAAUGUGUAUUUUAUGCAAAAAGCCAUUGCUAUAUCGAUUGGAUGGAAGCUUGUGCCAGUAAAGCAAAAAGCAGUUGUCGUUUUUGUUUUUCUCAAAUGAUUAUUUGAAUGUACAGUACAGGCCAAAAGUUUGGACACACCUUCUCAUUCAAUGUCUUUUCUUUUUUUUUUAUAUGACUAUUUACAUUGUAGAUCAUUACUGAAGGCAUUAAAACUAUGAAUGAACACAUGUAGAAUUUUGUACUUAUAAAAAAAGGGUGAAAUAACCAAAAACAUGUUUUAUAUUCUAGUUUCUUUAAAAUAGCCACCUUUUGCUCUUGAUGACAGAAGUUCCUUGUCAGGGUUACUUCAGGCACUCCUGUGAAGUAAAAACCAUUUCAGGUGACUACCUCAUGAAGCUCAUUGAGAGAACAGCUUAAGUUUGCAGCGCUAUCAAAAAAGCAAAAGGUGGCUACUUUGAGAAAUCUAAAAUAUAAAACAUGUUUUCAGUUAUUUCACACUUUUUUCUUAAGCACAUGAUUCCACAUGUGUUCAUUCAUAGUUUUGAGAAUCUACAAUUUAAAUAGUAAUGAAAACAAAGAAAAUGCAUUGAAUGAAAAGGUGUGUCCAAACUUUUGGCCUGUACUGUAUGUCAGCAAUAACAUUAACUAUAUUUUUAACAGCAGCCUGCUAGUGCAGUACAAGACUAUACUUACUUUCAUUUUUUAGCAUUUUUUGAGGGAUGCAGUAAACACAAACGUUUUUUUGUUGUAUCAGCGUUUCAUCCACACUGAAACAGCAUUUUGAAUGACUGUAAAUGGUACUUUUUAAAAAUGGAUCAGAGAGAGCAUUAAUUUGGAAACGACCACCAUUUCAUCUCCAUGUGGAUGCCUAUCUGCACCUCUCGAAAUGAUUAUGUCACACACAGCUCUCUUUCAUGGCGGCUAUGCAUGUCUGGCCUAAACAACUUUUCUACAUAUGCUCUGUACUCUUCUUCUGUCUUUUGCCACUUACUGGCUUGGCAUAUGCACUACAUCAUUUUCAGUGGUUCUGUUUUGAGAAAUGACAGUAACACUAAAUGCACCACAGAGCAUCACAGAAAGUCAUUCUUACGUGUGACCAUCAAACUUUAUAACUCCUCCCUCUGAGUGUGUCACACACUCUGACUGUCCCUGCCUGGAUUUAUCCUCAAGCUGUAAACUUCUCCACUACAUAUAAUUACUUUCAACAGUGUAAUCUGUUUUUAAGAUGGUAAAAUCGUCAAUAAUCCUAGAGUGCAAUACUGAUAAUAACAUUGUUUAUUAAACUUCACUGUGCGCAAUAUCCUACACUACAAAAUAGUUUUGUACAGAGCUUAUUUCUAAUACACUCUGGGCUUUCUGUAUAGCUUUAUUUCUAAUAUUGGGGAUAAAUCAAGUAUUCUGAUGCUGAUGAUGCUGCUAUGGUUUAUUUAUAGACCUGUGCUCUUUGUGGUCCCACAUUAUACACAGCUCCACUGACACAAUUACAUGAACCGACUCCACCAUGUCUCCCUGGAGCAUCUGUUACGCAUCAGGGGAAUGAAUCUCUUAUGAAGACACAGUCAUUAAAUUGGAUUAUUUCCUCUUUGUGCUGUUCUCUAAUCGAAUGUUUUAUCUCGGUGACGUCUGCACUAAUUGGUUUGUAGGGUGUUUGUGCACUGACAGUAAUUGGACACCUCUUAGUUCCACUUCUUGAAGCUGCACAAACAUAGCCAAAGUGAAAAUCACAAUUAUUUUGCUUAAUAUUAAGAUCAAGAUUUUUUAUUAGACAGGAUGGCCAAAGAGAAAUACAGAGUGUAGUAAGAUAUGCAGCAAAGCGUUGUGGCUAGGAGAGUAACCAGUGACUGCUGUGACAAGGACUACUGCCUCUGUGCAUGGGGCACACUUAGACCUCUAUGCCACUGGCCUACCACGAUUAUUUAUCUACUUUAGAGACUAAUUUCCUCUGCUUAUUUUUGGGUUAAAGCCUUUGUAUGUUGUGCAUCUAAAGAAAAUCAUCAUCCCUGGCUUAUUUUUAGUCCACACUGACCCCAAACAUUUGAUCAAAUUUAGUAUCACGUAGCACCAAAAAGUUUUUUUUAAAUAGGAUCUUAGCCUUAAUUUAAAUGAUAAUGCAUUUGAACAAGGACUUUUAUUUGCAGUGGGGUAUUUUAGCAGCAUGAAAUUAAAAGUAGAUUAUCUGCACUUGUUUUCACAGUACAUUCACAGAGGCUACCUAUUACAAUCUUUUAGUUGUAAUCUUUGAAACAGGAUGACUCAAAAAAUGACUCAUGAGCUCAUAACUUCGUGUUUAAAAUGAGAUCUAACAAAAUGUGUUGCCAUGCAAAUGUUGGAUUGUUAACUGUAGCCAAUGCUUGUUAAUGCUGCAGAAUUCUCCCCCCCCCCCUCCAUAUUUAUUGUCUUUUUUAGCUGUUCCAUUGAAUAAGACAAAAGGCCCAAAACACAAACAAAAAACAGAAUCAAACUAGUCUUGUUACAUUGGUCAGCCCUCAUUCAUCAUUUUAGUGAAGUAACAUAAUGUACCUGCUUUGGCUUGCCUGGUGCAGAACCAGGGUGUUUCUUCAGAAAAUCACUUUACAGGGAGGAUGUAGGACAUAAACUAGUGAGGCAAUUCCUCCUGUAUUACCUGACAAGACUUGCUAUUGGCCUGAUGAAACCACAGCUGGUGAGUCUGUGCAUAAGUGUGGGCUGCACAGUGUUGUAAAUACUUAUUCUGUAAAGCUUUGAAGUGAUGUCAUUACCUUUAUUAUAAGGUGCUGACCUCCAGUUAGGCUGAAUUAUCGUAAUCCUAAAAUAAAACAAAAAUAAAAAAAACUGUCACCUGACCUGAACUUCUCCUGAUGGUACGGUAAAUUAUGAAACAGAUGAGGAAGUUUGAGGUUUCUAAGCAACUGUGACACAGCACGAACAAAACUGGUGUCAACAUCAAACAGACUUCUGAGUGUUGGUUAAACAGAUCAACAGAUGUUCUGCUGAUAGUUUUCUGUGAAACACCAUGCUUCAUAGAAAUAGGGGUGAAAAUCAUUUUUAUUCACAAAAGAUACAGUAUCUUCCCUCCCUGAGAGGUCAAAAUGGCUGCAGGAUCUCUCCACAACAUUGAUUAUCCUCUAUAACCUCACAGUGAAAAUGUAAAACACAGACUUAAUUUGUACAGAAGAGACUUCAAUUUUUAUUUAUUAUUAUUAUUAUUAUUAUUAUUUUGUUUUUUUUUCUAACACAACUCACACAGAGACAGGGAGGUUUUAGAGCAAAUGACUGGCCAUCUGACUGGUUUCAUAGUUUUCUUAGUCACCGAAGAAGGUUUUUAAGAGGUCGGGGGGGGGGGGGGGGGUAUAACUGGAUUUAAAAAAAACAUGUUUUCACUUGUGUCCACAGAUUGAUGCUGCUCAAACACAUUGCGACCCCACUGUAAGCUUGUUGACGUUUCUCCAACACAGGUCAUUGUCUUCAGUGGACGCCCUCUCAUUUAAGUCUCCAGUUGCCACCAGAGUCCCUGGUCUUAACUGUAAUUGAGAGAGGGAUCAGCUUACAAACAUUGCUUCAACAGUCUCUUUAUUAUUAAUCAGACAGCGUCCUCAGAAGUUUUUUUCAUAUCCUCAGUGACCUUUUAGCCUGCCUGUAGGGUGCUGUCCCCUAGUGGUGAAAACUGAGCUUACAGGUCUUGUGAAGGCUGGCAGGUCUUGAGCUUCAGUACCUCUGUACUGAAAUAAACAUGAAUCAAAAAGUAACAGGGUUUUUUUUCAUUCGUGUGAGAAGAGUAAUUUAAAAAUGUAAAUAUGGUAACACGUUAUUUAAAAAGAGUAAAUACCAACUUUGAUGUGAGUUACGUGAAAUAUGUGGGUGUGACAAAUUAUACUAAUAAGCAAUUUAACAGGAUAAAGAUACUGCUAAAUUGUUGAGUUGUAAGUUGGGACCCAUGCAGGAGAGGUAUAAUAGAAAUUGAUUUAUGUCAGAUUUUUAGAGAGUUAAUGCAAUCAUUAUUUUAAUAACUUUUAUUUUUAUAUCAUCAUAAAAAAGGUUUUCAACAUGCUUUCAUACAGGCAGAAACAUAAAAAACAAAGCACAAGAACCAAUCAACAGCAAUUUAACCCAAACAUCAAAAGGAAAAGAUUAAAUUAAAUUAGAUCAAACUUUUAUUGAUCCUUUUGGAAAGGUUCCCUCAAGGAAAGGUAAAACACUAUCAAUUAAACACAAUCAUCAUAUGAACACAACUGAAAUGAUCCAGAAAAACAAUUUAAUCCAACACCAUAGGAAACCAUAAGAACCUAUGAGAGCCCAGGCUACACCAGCAGGUUAAUUUUUGGAUGAUUUUUGUGUCUUAGGAUGAGCUUUGUAGUGGAUUAAUGUAUUUAUACCCUGUUUGGCCAAAGUGAAAGUUGCCACCUGGAUUUGGCCAAACAAAUUAGUACGAGCCUCUUAUUGGAUAAUUACUGCAUGGCGCUUAUCUUUCAGAUGGCAACGAGUUUUUCAACCCCAGCUGAUGAAAUGAGUAACUUCUCAUUUCUUAAACAACCAUGUGGAAAGACAUCCUGUGGUUGUGGUAAAGGUGUUAGUCUGUUGAAGAAGGGUCAAAUCAUCGGCAUGCAUCAAGCAGAGAAAACAUCUAAGGACAUUGCAGAAACUAUUAAAACUGUGUUAAGAACUGUCCAACGCAUUAUUAAAAACUGGAAGGGUAGUGGGGAAUGUUUAAUAGUGAAUGUAAGAGCAUUUCCACAUGCACAAUGCGAAGGGAACUCAAGGGAUUGGGACUGAACAGCUGUGUAGCCUUAGGAAAACCACUAAUCAGUAAGGCUAACUGGAAAAAAAGGCUUCAGUUUGCUAGGUAUGUGGUCUGAUGAGUCCAUGGGCGCAUCAGGGUAAGAAGAGAGGCAGUUGAAGUGAUGCCCCCAUCAUGCCUAGUGCCUACUGUACAAGCCUGUGGGGGCAGUGCUAUGAUCUGGGGAUGCUGCAGUUGGUCAGGUCCAGGUUCAGCAACAUUAUAUGCCCAAAGAACAAGGUCAGCUGACUACCUGAAUAUACUGAAUUACCAGUAUAUUUGACCAUCAAUGGAUUUUUUCUUCCCUAAUGGACAAAAAUGUGAAAGAGUGGUUCAGGGAACAUGAGACAUCAUUUUCACAAGGAUUGGCCACCACAGACUCCAGACCUUAACCCCACUGAGAAACUUUGGGGUGUGCUGGAGAAGGCUUUGCGCAGUGGUCAGACUCUCCCAUCAUUAAUAAGAUCUUGGUGAAAAAUGAAUGCAACACUGGAUGGAAAUGAAUCUUUUGACAUUGCAGAAGCGUAACCAAACAAUGCCACAGAGAAUAUGUGUUGUAAGCAAAGCUAAAGGUGGUCAAAUGAAAUAUUAGCGUGUUUGACCCUUCUUUUGGUGGUGACUUUUUUUUGGCCAGGCAGUGUAUUGAGACUGUGUUAUGUCUAUAAGGCAUAAACGAAGCAGUAUGCUAUUCUGUAAAAACCUACUGAACCAAAAUCCUGGAUGUAGAGGUUACAAUUGACUCCCAUAAAAAUCUGCAGGGCUUAAAAGAGUUGCUAGAAACACUGACUGUCGUUUUUUGUGUUUUGGCAUAAAAGCAUUGUUUGCUGAAGUAUUCUGUCACAACAUCUUUAUUUGAUGAGCUACAAUACAUGUAGCUCAAAUAUAAGUGUGUUUGUCAAAAUCUGCAUAUAUAUUUGUCAUCUAGUGAUGCUGUUUGAACUGCUGUGACUCGGCUGUGUCCUGUGCUACUGCUUUUCCUCCAGAUGAUGGCAGUAUUAGGCAGCUUAUUUUCCACAGAUAGCAUGUUUGCCAUACAAAUUCAACUCUGUCUUGAACCCUCUACAGUGGUCCGUGAAGCCAAAGUUGGUCAAACUUUGAUGUAUAAUCCAUAGUCCUUUGUGUUUGUUUAGGGAACUUUGAAUGAGAGAGUCAUCAGUCUCUUACAGAAACUCCAACAAUGUAGUUUAAGUCCUUGCAUAUCUUCUUCAUGCGGCUUUGUCUGGAUUUCAUUUGUGAAGAACUCUGGCUGCGUUAACAGCUGUGCAUACUGUGCAUGUCUUAAUUAACAUCAUGUGCAUGUGGUAAUCUGUGCAUGUAUGUAUGAGGAACAUGUGGGAGACUAAGCAGGGUUGCAAACUCAUAGGGGAGCAAAAAUAUCUCUCACUGGCAUGACUGUUUAAAUGGGAUAAUAUAAAGUGUGACCUUAUGAUUGUGAUGGCAGGAACAGAUUCGAAAACAAACAAACAAGAAAAAAAAAGAAGUGGAAUUUGAAUGAAGAAAAUGAAUGGUUUGGAUAAACCAUCCCAGGGACAGCUUUGAGAGAGGAUAUGCAGGAUGUGUUUCAUUGCAUGAGCAUCACUUCAACCUGAGAGUGAUCCAGUUGAUGUGCAGGGGUUUUAUAAAGGCUCUUUUCUUGGCUGUGUGCAGGUGUGAUUAAUUGCCUGCAGAACAUCAGCUUUUCCUGUACAGCUGCUAAACAGACAGAAACCUGCUAUUUGAUAAUGGAUCCAACACUCACACCACUGUUCAUUGACUCUGUGAAUCAAAUCCUGUCUGAAACAUUGUAUUUCAAUGAUUAUUACAUAAGAAUGAAGUUCAAAUAGGCUGCUUGCUGUUGUGUUAGAUUGAAUGGAAGUUGGGGCUUUGUGUAACUCGAGCUUUUGAGUGUCAGGGUGUGUUUACUUUUACUGCAUUAUUGUUGCACCUGAGGAGGAUCCCAGGCCUCUUUGGGCAAGGAUUCUAUCCUGCUUCGUAAGUAUCUGCUCAUAUAUGGGCAUUUUCCUGCCUUGCACUAUGCUCAGUUCCCCCACCCCACCCCACCUCACCCAUUUCCUCCACAUCCCAUUGCUCCCACUUCCCUCCAAUUCGCACUCCUACUCAUGGUGGUUAGCUACAGACAGGGGCUGGAUUGUCUCUUCCCUGUGCAGGAAGUGAUGUGGUUGAUACUCAUUUGAUGCUUGCAUACAUGACCAGCAAACCAGCCCUGAUUUUGAACUCUGCUGUUUUAGUGUUUUGCAGAUGCAGGCUCUAUUUGCAGUGUUAAAAUGGACUGAAACAGCUGGUAUCAGUAGAAGUAUAGCAGGAUGCUUCCCUCUCACUCCAUGUUCCUUACUGACUUUUCCACAGAGGAGGAAACCUGUUGGAUUUGUAUCAGUAUAAACUGAAUAUAUUAGAGGAUUUUCCCUCCCUGUGAUAUACUUGGCAGCUUCCUUCUCUUCUAAGGAACUGCAGUGUGGUCUGUGAUGCUUGUUCAAAUAAACCUUCGACUUUGAAGAUUAAUGUGAUAUUUCUACAUGCACCUCGGAUUCUGGGAAUCCAAACCAGGAUUGGUGUGCUCUGGGUGGCCCCAGAGUGCCCUGGAUACUUGCAGAUUCCCUCUUGAGAUUAGCUGACCUAUCUUCACAGCUGUAAUGAAGACACAUGUUACCUUUGAAGUUGGACAAACGGCCUCAUCAAGUCUUUGCCACAGGGCACAGAAAGUUUCACUAGUCUGCAGCUGAGGCUCCUCUGAAGACUGACUUCUGCUUUUUCCUUUCUCAUCUGAAAUAACACUCCUUACAUAAACCACGUGCUUUAGAUUUAAAAUAAAGACAGUAAUAUGAAUGUGGUUUAUUAGCACAGGAGCACUGAGAGAAGCUUUGUGGGAACACAACAGAAAGUCCACCCCAUUAGUAAUUUCAUGUGUGUACCUACCAUAUCCCCCUACUUGUUGCCGCCUUGUGACAUAUCAUCAGCCCACUCAACAACUAGGUCAGUACAGAUCCCAUUUCUAUGGCUGUGAUUUUCACACAACAGCUUGCCAGGUGCUGACUUCACAUCUGCCUGUGGAGGGGAGAGCAAGGAGAGUAACACGUAUUGUUUUUAGCUGUAGUGGUGUCACAUCACCAGGGAUGGCAACAACAACUGGUUGGUGUAGCACUUUGAUCCUGACUGAUAUUACGAAAAAAAAAAAGAUUACAUUUGGUUACAUUUUCCUUGUACUUAAGAUAUAUCGGAAGGUACUAAAUGUGUUGAUGCUUUGAUUGUCAGUUGUACCACAAUGACGUUGACGAUGAAAAAGAAGAAGAACUUUAUUUAUCCCCGAAGGGAAAUUCAAUUGUCUGUUGUCUCACAUAAUAUGUCUCUACAAGUUAUCUACUAUUUACACAAGAGUUAUAAAUAUAAUGCACCAAUAUAAUAUGGCGCUAUUUUUAGCUAAUCAAGUAUCUAGUGGGUUGACAUGAAAUUAGUUACAGGCAUUAUAUGCACACCAAGAUGAAAGGUUUGGAUCAAUGGUCCGAAUUUCUUUCUGCAGAUGAAAAUAUUUUUAGGUUCUCUCAACCCCUCACUGUACACCGAACACUAUCAGACACUUCCACUGCUAACAAAUAACCGCAUCCUUAGAAUCUCCUUGAAACAUUGUCUGGGAAAUCUUAUUGAUUUGCAUCCUCAAAAUUGCUAAAAUUUAUGGAAAGGCAACUCAUUUUUGCAAAGCAGUUAUGAAUGCAACAUGCAAAUUCCACUUGGGUGGGUCGCCUGGCUUAAGCAGAUGUCAGCUAAUGGAAGAGAACUUGCUUAUUGUUUGGUAUGAAUCCAUCGCCAGCCUUAUGUUGACUUGGUGUAGUCCUGUCAAAAAGUUGGCUAUGCUUUGCAAACCAGGCAAACUGUAUUUAAAACCCCCAGUCAUACCUCCAUGCAACCCUUUGGAGUUUGGGAGUCACUGGCAGAAAAUUGUAUAAAGUGACUUUAUUUUACAACCCCCCAAACUGAGUCUCAUAUUUUACUGAGUUUAACUACAACCGUUCACAAAACCAUAACCCACUGUGGGAAUUUAUCUGACUUUAAAAUUGUUCAGAAAGUCAUUUGGCGUGAAGCCAAAAUUAGCCACUCAGAGUGACUGACUUUCUUUUUAUGCUGUUAGAAUAAUAGCUUAAAAGCAACUCUUUUUAACUCAGUCAAUCAAACCAGCAUUGAUGAUCGAUGCUUAGUGUGAUGUUUGUGUCUGAUAUCUGUUACAGAUGGAGGAAGUCUGUGACCUCCAGCACACCUAACGAGCUUGUCACUCAGCUCACCUGUCCUUAUUGCACUCAGCUGGUGCUCGUCAGCCUGGGUAGUCUAUAAAAGGAGGUUCUUUUGCGCCGUUAGGGGUGUGACACCAAAGAGCCAACAUCAAUUUUAGAGUUUUUGUGAGGUUUUGAUCUGUAAGGAGAUUUUUUGUACUUAAUGUUUUCUCCCUACCGAUUCUACCUCUGUUUGAGGCCUUUUACUUUGGUUUGCCUACUUUUGGCAAAAUUAGUGGGUGGCUGUGGGGAAGCAUAACUCCACUCCAUCUUUUAGCCCUGUCCAUGACCCCUGUCCUUCACGUCAUGUGACUUGCAGAAAUGUAACAUAUCCAUAUCCAUAUAUCUAUAUUCCUCUGUCUAUGAACAUGUACUUUAAAAACUGAGGAUGCUUCCUUCAGCUUAAGCUCUACCAUAGCUGAUAGCUUGCAGAGUCAUUAGCACGUCUGUAGACUUAAGCUGUCGUCUGGGUUUAUUUUUAUGUUACACAUGCUGACAUAUUUGGAGAGAAAGUGUUUCUGCACAGCAACAGUAUGACUGCUGUAAAACCCCUCCUAUCAUGACUGCAGGGUGCUGACACUAAACAGUGCACACAGCUUGCUUUAUCAGUCUGUGUGUUCCUGCAUCCUCUUUGAGACGCUCCUGUGCCACAUGCUGUCCAGACUAGAAUUCUUUCCUGGUCUUUUCUACAGGAGCUGUCCAGGGAAUGUCGGCUUCCACUUAACAAACAUAACGGUCUGGCAGUCAAGAGAGAAAGACCGAGCAGCAGCCGGGAUGUCACCCUGCCCAGGAAAUCUGCCCAGCCACUGGUUACAUGCCUGGGAUUCUUUUCCACAAGCCGCUCCUUCCUCCUUUUGAUUUUUUUCUAUCAGACACUUUCCUCCAGCAGACAGUGGCAAAGGAAAUAUUUCCAGACUAGAAAUAAGUUGCUUUAACAGCUUUUGCCUUCAAGUUUACACUUGGUGGUCCAUCCCGCUUAAAGAAUGUGCCUUUGAUUGAUGUUCAUUAGGGGUGAAGCGGGGUGGUAUGCUGCUCAGGAUUGCAGCCGCGUUCCAUUGGAGUUACACUGUUCUGAAAACAAACCGCUUCGACUGGUGCACACAUACUUUCCCUGUGAGAUCCUAGCCGGUACUCUCAAUGAAAACAGCAUUAUAGUACUCCUAUAUGCAUGACUGGAAAAGGCUCAGUCAUCAUCUGAGCUCCCUGCACCAGACCAGUUCAAACAUGAUAUAAUGUAGGUCAUUGUACAGUGAGGUAACAGAGAUCUGGUUUGGGAAAAAGGGUCCCUUAUUUUGGAGAAAAAGCAGGUUUUCGUUGCACUCCUGAGUUGUUUAGUCUCUGUGACUUCACAAUGACGUACGUCAAUAUUCUUACAAAUGUAAGUGAUUUACUGCAGCACGAUAGUGUGCAGUAAAAAACUGUUACUGUUUUAUUGUCUGAUCUGGUUGCUUUGUCAUGAGAAAAAACUGCAGAGUUUCAUCUUUCCCAGACAAUGACACAGCAUGUUCAAACACGUGGCACUUGAGAAAAUAAUAAUAAUGAAUUCCUUCAGGAAAUCCCACAGCUGGAUUUUGUUUGUUUAUGCAUGCAGGCUUUUGGAUUUUAAUAUUAAUACAUCUUGAAGCAUUCUGUCUUUGCUAACUAUUAAAAUUUGUUUCUCUUUCCCAUGCCAGCAGCUAUCAACUACACGUGUUGGCUCUCAUCUCUGACCAAGCAUCUUGCAUGCAUGAGCUGUGAUCAUGUGCCUCUGUUCACUAGUGAGUGUUCUGGAGAAGGCAUACACACUUGUCUUUUGCACCGUAACGUCACUCCCUGUCUAGACUGAAAAUACACACUAGUCUCACAAGUAGGUCUGAUUUCCCAUCCCUGCUUUCUCCUCUGGCGGAGCUUGACCACAAUGUCUUGUGCUGAAAUCGUUGACUGUCUGACUACGGUAUCCUGACCUUAAGCAGAACAUGUGUUAUAUGAAGUCUCUUCUUUUUCACUGUCAUUAAAAUUAAGUUCUUUCCCUUCCCUUACGUACAACAGAAGUCAGCAGCUGUAACUGUUUUGAGGAAUUGAUUGAGCAAAUAGGCAGCAUAUUAAUGUUUUAGUUGUUUGGAGAGGAGAUGAGUAUUUUUGAACUAUUUGGUGGUUAACCACAAGACUCUGAGACUCUGUGAAGCUGCGCUUACAAAUGAGUGUCAGUACUGCUUGAUCCCACCCUACUGUGCUGUGAUUGGCUUAUUCCACUCUGCCAUGAUUGGGUUGUGCAGUCAUAGUUUAACCCAGGACUUUUACCCAGGAGACAAAUAGUUCCCUUUAUUUCCAAGUACUUUUGUUGCCUUUGCACAACCAUGUAUUUGGUUGUUUGGUUCAAUUCAGAGAUAUUUGUGGUGUUGGUGAGAGCAGUAAGUCAGUGCGAACUUAAACAACCUCAAUUCAAAAAUAGUGGGGAUGCUGAGGAAUUUUUUUUUUAUGAACAGAUUUUGGUGGCUUGCAAAUCAGCUCAACCCUUUUAUUUUACUGAAAAAAAUGCCAAGACAACAUAUGAAACUAAGAAAUUGUGUUUCAAGAAAAUAUUAUGCUCAUUUUCCCACAACAUGUUUCAAGAAAGGGACAACAAAACACAGAAAAAGCUGUGUUGUGCACUCUCUUUAGUCUGCGGAGGAAGUAGAGGCAUUGCUGGGCUUUCUUUGCCGACAAUGUGCAUUUGGAUGUCCAAAAAAGAUCUGUUCCCAUGUUUGGAAAGUUUAGUUUUUAUGUUCUUUCAUCUGUUGGGCUUUUGUUUACCACAUGGCUUUCUAGCAACAUAUUUAAUUUCCACAUCAAAGCACAACUUGCAAACCCCGGUGCAUACUCAGAACAAAAAAAGCAGUUUCAGUCUGAUUAAACCAUAUAUGGGAAAUCGGUCUCAGGCAGCAUUAUCCAGGUAUGUCUGUCCCACCUUUAGAAUUUCAUUUUGUGCGAUUUCAGUCAGACUUUGCCCAGUUUAAGCCACACUAAGGCAAUAAAUUUAAUUUCUGAACAUCAGAACAACAUUGCCCAGCCCUACUCCAUACCACCGAUGUUUUCAUGCCAGUGUUGUCGACAAUGUCAUCAUCUGUUGAGCCUUCAUCUGCAUUUCUGCCGGGGGUAGCACUCAUUUUCUUUUUUUCUCCCCAACAGUGCUGUUGGCUUCACGUGUUAAAGUGCUAUGGUUGCGUGAAGCUGCAGCCUGCUACUACGCAGUUUUAUCGCCCAGCUCUACAUGUAGUCUAAUUAAACAAAAUUUGACAUCCUUUUUGGAAAUCAUGGAUGUAAUGUCUGGCUGUCAGGAGGAGAGGGACCACCUGGUUUGUAUUUAGUGCACAGGUUAAAACCCAUGCAUCCAUGAUGAUGUCAUGCUGGAUGCUCAAGUGCCCAUAGCAGGGGUAGAUUACACAUCUAGGAAGGGACCAUUAAUGCUGGAGGAUACAGGUGCACAUAUACUGCCAUCCUAAAAAUGCCUUUUUCAGGAAAGAUCCUGCAGAUUCCAGCCGGACAAAGCUAAACUACAUGCUGUACAUGUAAAAGAUUGUGGCUACUAAGUAGGAGAGUCUGUUUGCUACACUAGCUUGCUGCAGCCCUGACUUGUCACUUACUGAAAACCAUUGUCAUAAACACUUUUGUAAUGUAAUGACAGCUGUUAUAUAAUCAACUUAAAUUUACUCUGUGUGUAAAAAAAGUGUUCUGAAAACUUUAACGUGAAAAAGAUGACACACAAGUGUAACUUUCAUGCAUUUUGUGAUUUUCAUUCUCAACCAGGUGAUAACUUUUAGCCAUAGAACAGAUAAAACUUUCCUGUGCUCUCACUGUGCAAAUGUGCACUUUAUAUUGACCCUCGUGCAGCACUGGGUGAGGUGGAUGGUUGGGAUUCUUUCCCAGUUUAUCAUACCUGUUUCAUUGCUCUGAAUCUUUCAACUCACUGUGUAUGCAAAUAACGUGCAGGCCAAAGGGCGGAUUACUAAUGCGUCAAGACUUCAGGCUCACAAUCAGGUGGUUUCCAGACAGGGAGUCUUUAGACAUUAGACAAUAUCUGCAGCCACUUAUGGUGCCUCCCUAAAAGGACACAGUGUCCACCUCAGUGUCUCUUACGUCCACAGCCCUCCUCUCUGCCUCCCCUCCUCUGCUCAUUAUGUGCAGUUUAGUGCUCACUCAGCUCUGGGGUGCUCCAAAGUUCACAGGAAGGAGAAGAGAAAGAGGGGGUGGGAGUGUCAUUCCUGUUACUGAGGUCAGGAGGCUGUGUUGUUUUUCCCAACCCUCCCCUUUUUCUGUCUCUCUCUUUCUCUUUCUCUCUCUCUCUCUCGCCUUUUGUUCGUCAUGAUAAGCAGUCAGGUGGCAGUGGGGAAGAAGCCUUGCUUUUAUCUAUCACCACCUUCAGUGCAGGCCAUGUGCUGAUUAGAUCAUCUUCUUUGAUUUCAAGAACUAUUUCAUGUCAUUUCUUCUUUAUUCAGUUUCUUAGUGUUUGCAUGCUUCAAAUGACUUAUUUUACAACUUUUUACUACAGUGAGCUACAGUAUUAUUUCUUUCAGUCAGUUUGAGUUAGUCUGGAUGUCUGACUUUUUUUUUUCUUUUGCACUUAUCUAAUCCAUAUAUAAACAGCUUUGAGUUGGGAUACAUUUACAUACAGAGCCCAUCAGUGCAGUCUUCUAGUCAUCUUUUAUCCGGCAUGUUAAAACCUAUGUGAAGGUAUUAAGUAGAAGUUUCUACAAGCUUGUGAGCAGAUUGCAAGAUGAUUACAUGUACAACCCAUGCAGCUUGCAAAAAUAAACCACACGUUACAUCAAUCUGAAGUUAUUGCUUCGAUUUCUUUUGACUUAGCUAAAUGCAUUCUUCAAUGAAUGACAGAUUUAAGUUUAAAAUAGGACAACUUUGCAGUCCCAGUUUGAACCAUGAAUCAAGAGCAUGUCAAGAUUUUCUUCUGUUGUUUCAGGGAAAUUUUGCAAAUAUUCAACCUUAUCUGUCUAUCAGUGUUUGGUGUCUAGUUUGCAUUUGUUACAGGUGUUCUCAUUGCCUCUAGGUUGCAACUCUGCACAAGUAACAGCUGUUCUUCCACUUCUCACCAACACCACCAUUAAGCGGAGAUGGUGGCCUGCAGGAACAACAGGCUAUAUCAGCUUGAAUUCAAAAUACAGACCUCUGCGUUGUUUUAAUGACUAGCCGAACAACUAGUAAGAAAAAAAUAAUGGGUAAAAUGAAUAAAUAUGGGUAUUAUGAAUGACAAAUUUCCUUGCAUGUACUGGUCGUUUAAACUUUUGUAUUCAUCCAGCCCAGCAAUCCUGAGAAUAUGGAAUCAUUAUUUCCAGGAACUACUGAGAAGACAUUGCUCUUGAAAGAUAGUGUGUGUUUGUUUCAGCAGUGAUGCAACAACUACAAUAAUUUGCAUAGCUAUGCACGCAAAUUAACUCACUCUCUUCAAGCACUUCCACUUUGUCCUACACUGUUGUGGUUUGUUCCGGUGCUGCAGAGUCUAGAUGUCAAAGGUCAGAGCCACAUACGCUUAUAUGUUUAUACAUAAAACAUAAACAUCUAUAAUCUGUUGUAACUGCAGCUUCAACCCUUAAACUGUUGCCUUUUCCUGUUCUGGGUCAUAUGUGUAUGGGUUCUUUUGGGGGUGCUUGCCAUGUUUUUCAAAGAUGACUAGCACAUGUUGUAAACUGCAAAGAAUACCAUGAUAUGGGAGCUGUAACAAUUGGAUUUUGUGAGCCUACCCUGUACGACAUUUUUUUGACUAAAAGUCAUACUGGUCAGAGAUACUUUGGGUCUGCACCUGAUGACAACACCCCUCCAAUUUAAGAAAUGAUUGAAGAGUUUCCAAAACUUAUAAGAGGUGAUCUUUAGGGUUUGUAAAAUCAAGCAGAUCAAACACGAUUUGGACCUUUUACAUGAUACAUUUUACUCACAGAAAUCUGAAUGUUUCUUGCUAAAUAAAAUAACAAAAUCCAACUUCAGAGCAAGAGUUGCAGGAUUUCUGAGUUAAGGGGAUAAAUCUGGGAAUAAUAAACUUGUGACUCCCAUAUGUGUUAUAUUGUUGAUACAGACCUACAUGAAAAGCAAUGUACUGUUCUGCAGCUUUGCAUUGUUGUGAAAAUGGUGCCAGAUUAUUUAUUCUGAUAUGUAAGCCUUAGAAGUUGCUGGAAACUUUUACACCCAGCAGUCUGCACCAUAAUGAGAAAACCGUUCUUUGAGACAGAAUCAGUAAAACAAAGUGGACAGAGAAACAGUAGCAUGCAUAUAAAUGAUGAGAGUGUGGGUGGUUGUGUCUAUGAGUCAGGCAUGUGAGUGUGGGGAAGUGGGGAAAAGGUGAGAGGACUAGGUGUUGGUAACCUUGGACGCAUGGCUUGGAAACGUCACCCUUAUGAGUAAGAGUGAAGCUGUGGAGGAGAAACUGCCGGUGUUUAUCUUCACGCAACGGAGCGUGUAAAACAGUGUGCUGGCCUCUCAGAUUGACAUGUCAUUCAGUUCUCCACGCCCUCCACACAGCAGUGUUUGCAUCUCAUGUUACUACUAAUGGAAAGCAAGCAGAACGUGAUUAGUGUGCAUUGCAGUUGAAGAUGGAAUGAGAGGAAUUUCCUGCAGCUUGUCUUACGUUUCCCCUCCAAAAAAGACUAACAAAAACUGCAUGAACAAAACAAAAUGGGUCUUGGGUUUCUAAAAGGUGGCAGGGGUUUAUGUCUCCAAACUGCCACCCACUAAGUCUAUUAACUAAAAACUGACCCAAAAUAAGAAUUGGUGAGAGUCGUUUCAAGUGAGGAAUAAGUGGAAUAAAAAUAUUUUAGAUUUUCCCCCCACACACAAACAAAAGGCACUCAAACAAACUUUUCUUUUUUUUCUUUAAAUUCACACAAAGAGAGUGAACCAACUGAUGAUGUUGACCCUCACACACAAACAACCCCCCUGAACUGAGCAACAGCCCGCUCCCGAGAGCCUCCCAGCACUGCUGAUUACCAGGUGCACCAAGUUUCACUAAACCAGCAGGGUGACUUUUUACUGAUAUUUUGUGGGGAAAAUCAAUUACUAAUGAAACUAUUCAUAACACUUGCAUUACAUUCCCACAUAGUUAGACAGGGAAAGCUGAUUUUAAUGCACAGUGUGCACCUUGUUUUGCAAAAUGCACCAGUUUCAGUUAUUUCCAUGAAUGGAGGAUAGGGUGCAUUUAUCCGGAGAGUAAAUGCUGGAUUACUGUUACAAUAGGAGCUGUGAGUUGGUUGUUUGGUGCCUUGUGAGAAUGGCAGGCUAAAGGUGGUGUGAGAAUGAGGGGCUGUGGGUUUACUGAAUUCCUAUCCUGUGAGUAGAGCAUUGGUUUCUGUCUAGACAAAGCUCAGUUGUCGGGGAGACUCAGGCAGAUCUAGGACUGCCUCAGGCUCCAGGAAGUAUUGGUGGGAGAGAGUGGGCUCAUUUUUUUUCCUCCUGCUCACUUUUCCCUCCUCGGGGGAUUUCAGCAAAUGCAGUGGACUGCUGAGAGCAUGUUUUUUUUUGUUGUUGUUGGUGGUGGGAGUUUUUCUCCCAUGAUAGGGUGGAGACAGCCUGAUGGUUUUGUGCAGAGAUAUUGAAGGAAUAAAAAUCUCAUAGCUUUGAUGUCUCCCACUCAGUAGGAAAUAGCAGCCAGGCCAACCUUGCACAACAUCCAUUCAAAGGCACAGAUGCACACAAUGUAUCACACUCAUUCACAAUGUGCUGCUAUCCCAAAAAUUAGGCAACUUUUUACGAGGCAGCAAACUACAAAAGCACUUUUCUGGCUCUGUGUUUUGUGGUGCCAGUUUGUAUAGUACUAUUGUCUUGAGUGACUGUGUACAGCAAGAUAAGGCAAAGACAGGCGGCGUGACGGCUUCCACAGCGUCGGAUCAGGGAGCAGACAGGGCUGACUAAGGGCUCAUUAACUGUUACUCUCAGCUGUGCCCCGAGGGCUCCUUCUUGGAGCCGUGUGCGACGUUCCACUGGAGCCCAGACAGACGCUUGUCUUUGGGAAAUUUGUCGUGAUGACAGAAGGGUUAAAAGGUGUUUCCAAUAUGUAAUUAAUGAUAGUACAGUGGGAAAAAAACAGGGGUUACGCCACAGUCCUCAAAGUUACAAAGUCCUGCAUGCUAGGCUCAGGAAGGAAGAAUGAAAAGCAAUUAGUAAGGAGGUGUCAUUUGAGAUUGUACAAUGCAUACCAGUUUAAUAAAUAUGAUACAGGAAAUAUUGUUCUGUCCCUUACUUUAGUAUUAUAAUGAUAGUUAUUACAUUAUUAUAUAAAAAAGAAGCGUGCGCGCACACACACAACUGCUACAAGCCAACAGAUUGUAUGACUUUUGACCUCUUCAGGGGAUGAUUGCACAAUUGAACAUGCUUGAAAAACAUGCUAAAAUUACCUAACUGAGAAAAAAAAUGUCCUGAGGUUUUAACACAACAAACCUUACAAGGCACUUAAAAAGCCAUCAUUGCAGCCAGUGAAGUUGUAAUAUGACAACAUUUCUAAUUGUUGAAAUGGGAAUUUAAAUUUUUGAUUUAGGAUCAUAGGGUCUGCAAUGAACUGAUAAAUAGAGCUUUGCUUAUGGUAGGUCAGCUAGCACCACCACCCUUAGCCUUUAGAGAUCUUUGUAGGUGAACAAGUAGGUGCUGGUUAUGAUUUCUGGUCCAGUAGUUUUUUGCCAGUUAAACUACACUAAGCCUUCAUGUAUGUAGCCUUUAUUUGUUAGGGACAGAUACAAUAAACAUGAGAUUAGACUGGGAAUUAACUGGGAGCAGAUAUCCAAUGCAAUCAUCUGUUAUGAUUGAUGUUAAGCAGAUGCUAAUUUGCUACACCCAAUUUGCCACGUGAUGAGAUGCCAUAUGCCUUCAUUGCUUGUUUACAUCUGGGUUGUAAAGCAUAACAGCAGUAGCUUUUAACCAGAGCUACAGCCCUGCACCAAAGCAUAGACACAACAUAAAACUGGCAUUUUGUAAGCACAAAAUAUAAAUAUGUGUGCAUUUCUGCUCAUUAAAAUUUUGCUUGUAAUAUUGUUAGGUAUUACUUUUGUACAUUUUUCCUUAUUUUGUGCACAUAUUUUUUCAUUAGCUUCAUAAAUGAAAGCAAGGUAACUUGACAUGACUGAUCAGACUAGUGUCAAAUCACUAUUCAUUUGUUUAUUUAGUUGUUAGAAUCAGUUUUAGAUUUAUACCUCCAGCCAUUAAGCACCAAGACGCCAAGAUGUUAAAGGUCAAAAUGCAAACCUUGCAUCCUGAAAAGGGUCCAAGCUGACCACAAAGUCACAUUAUUAUAAAGAUGUGGCAUAAAAUACUCGAAAAUUCCCUCUGUGAAAUGUAGAAAAGGCCAUGGGCGCUACUGCAGGGUGUGUACAUUUUGAUAGGAUUGUUCUGAGAUUUCAAAUAAAUAAUACUAGCAGGAUUGUGUAAUUAUAUACAAGGAGUACAACUACAACAAAGAUUCCUUUUUAAAAUUUUUAUUCAUACAACAACAACAACAAAAAAGAUGAAUCGGGGUGCAGACAGACCACAACGCAGCAGAUGUUGAUGCAAAGUUUUUUUUUUGCUUUUUUUUUGCUUGUCCCUUUGACUUCAAUGAAAUAUUUUUCUGCAGCUUUUUGGAACUGACGUUGUGAAAAAAUCAUAUCCAAUUGAGAAAAGUAAAAGCACACCAAUCCAGAUCAAACCACAUGUUUUGAUUUAUUGUAUAUUAUUGUAUAUAUUGUACAAUCUUCAAGCUGUAGGACUAGUAGCGAAUUGAAAUUUGUCUGGAAGAGGAAUAAGAAAAAAAUCCACAGUAUAACAAUAGUGCCUUGGCGCAUUUGCCCUGGGGCCUGAUUUAAGGGUCAACUUCAUUUUAAAGCCCUGUGAAGAACUUUCUGUUUGUAUCAACGUUGGCGCCCCCCUGUAGAGAAAGCUCUUUUUGCUCACAUUGUCCGGUACAUGCGCAAGUGUUGGGCUCUUUUCUCUUUAGUGGCUCCUACCCCCUAACACCAGUUUCAGGCAUUGGGACCAUAAGUCUUGUUGCUGCUGAUGGUCUUGUUUACUUUUGUAUAGCAUAAAAAAGCUCUGAUAUAAAUUCAAUUUUGUUUCCAAAUUUUAAAAAAAAAAGCUCACUGUAGAUUUAAAAGUAUAAAUACAUAGAAAUGAUUACAAAAUAAAAGGUCUUGCAACACAGCUGCAGCUCUCUUUAUUACACUUGCUCAAAGAGAGUGUGGAGCGUGCAACAGGUCUGCAUGAUAACCUCCUCCCACACUCAUCUGUAUGACAGCAUUUCUGUAAUAGAAGCAGCUGCUGGCACAAUACAUCUGGCCCUCCAGAUUUAGCUCCAGACAUGCUGGAGUGUUUCCUUUGUGUCAGCUUUUCAUUUUUCCUCUCCGUCUGUCAAAUCAAAGGCAAUAUCUCUGAAAGCUAAAUCUUCGUUUUUUUGGAAAACAAUCAAAGCAGAGGAGGGAGGAAACUGCGCACAUACAUGAUGAUGUGAAGUAGAGAAGAGAAGCACCUGGUUUCAGGGCGUUUUUUUAGCCUUUUUUUUUGCUUUUCUUGCAUUCAAUUGCAAGCACAUGAAAGAAAAGUCACCAGCACUUCAAAGAGAGCUCUAAUCCAUGAAUGUUAUUCACUACACCUCUCUGCAGGGUGUGUAUGAAGUGUUGUAGAUGAACUUAUUUCUCAGGGAAUCAGAGGCAAGUUAGUCAUUGCUUUGAACUUUUUGAACUGUCUGUGACUGUCUACAGGUUGUGAGACUGGACACACACACACACACACACACACACACACACACACACACACACACACACACACACACACACACACACACACACACACACAGAGAGAGAGGAACCUGUUUUUCUGCACAUGGGGCCCAGGUGGGAGAAAAAGCAGGAUGACAGAAACCGGACUGAGAAUCUGUUGUCCCAUGGCUGACCUCACCCUGGGCGAAGGUGUUGCAUGCCACUGCAACUAGCAGGUGAAAAAUGUACAAACAAAGCUCUCAACCUCUGACUCAGCCAUGUGAAGCCUCUGUGUCCUUUUUAAGUCUGCAGCUACAACACCAACACCUUUCUUUUCAUGUCAGCUCACUCACACAGACAGAUCUUCAAGUGAUUUUGUGAAGCAGUGGUGACGUUUUUUAAUCUGUCACUUUCAAAGCCUGUGAUUGAUGAUAUUCCUGCUCAGAUUGGAGUCCUAUAACGUUAGUCACAGAUUGUCUCCACCAGAAAGCAACACUGUGUGUUGUGUUUUUCUCUUUGGGAGGCCUCUCUGUCUCUUUUCCCCUGCACGCCUGGCUGGACAGUCUGGCUCCCAGAUAGCAUCUGGCUGUCUGAGAUUAGCGCUCAUGAGGGCGCAGUUAAACUUGUAAAAGCCCUGGACUCCUGUCCCUGUGCCUCUGCUCCACACAAUGCCAAACAGCAAUUGUCAGUGUGGCACAAUACUGAUAGCCUGUCUGCAUUGUCACCACGCCUCUCAAAUGUGCCCUAAGCCUCAGGGCUUAUUGUUGAUGCAGCCACAGAUCCUGCUGCAGGAGUGGGCUGUUGGAGGCUGACGGUGUUGUUGCCAGGCAGUUUAGCAAUGUAACGGACAGAUAAUGGAGCUGCUCAGCGUCCUAUGGCCCAACAUUUUUGGAACCGGACAGCUGAUAAGUAAUCAUUUUGUCUGCCGAGCUGUCUCUCACUUCUGUUUAUCAGACACUGACUAACACCUCUGUAAUCUGUGAGCAAAAUGUACCUUGGUUUGUUUGUCCUGUUCCUCACUACAUGGUGAAUCUGAGUACAAAGAGAGUGAAUGAGGAGAUAAAUAGAAUAUGAUUCAUGGUAAUAGAAGACAGUUUGAUGCAUUUAUAUGUUCACAUUGUUCACGUCUGUGCUGAAACAUCACUCUUUGUUCCCUAAUUAGACUCUUGUGCUUUGAAAUGUGUCAUUGAAGUUAAUAUCCAGAGCACAAUUUUGCAUAGCUGUUCAAUAGACAAAAUGUGAGUAUUGUUUAAAGAACCUGUUGGAGCUCAAUUACAGACUGUAUUAAACAUGGACACAGUCUCAUGGACCUCACUCACUGGUUCUGUGUUGACAAAAAAGUGGAUGCCAUUUUUAAAAAGCGGACUUACACUAACUUUCAACAAAUAUAAGCCAUUGCCCUGUAGCCUGGCAAUUUACUACAACUACAAAAAUCUAUUUAUGCCAGCUAAAACUGGAGUUUUCAGUUGGCAACCAGAACCAAAAAUUGCUCGACUCACCACACUGUUAGUUGGCAGGUAGUAAUAAGUGCAUCAACGCUACUACUGACCAAUAACAGCUGAUAGUUAGCAUGAAGAUAGUGAUAGGUUAAUGUUACCCACCGUUUCCAUUCAAUUCAACAUCAGCAGAAGAGCUAGGUCUAGCAACCAGGGCGGGACGAUUUUGGCCAAAAAUAAAAUCCCUAUUUUUUCCUCUGAAAACUUGAUUUUCUAUUUUGAUUUUUUAUUCAGUGACAACUUCACCAAACUUCACCUUAAAAAUAAGUUUUUCUAUCAGCUCUCAAAACAAAACCACUGAAAAGCCAGUAAGUGGCAAAAGACAGAAGAAGAGAAUAGAGCAUGUAUAUAAAGGUUGUGUGGCCGGACUUGCGCAGCUGCCAUAAAAGAGUUACUGUGCUGCGUGUGACACAAUCCUAUCAAGAGGUGCAGACAGGCAUCCACACAGACAUGAAAUGGUGGUCAUUUACAGAUUUAUGCACUCUUGUACCCAUUUUUCAAAAAGUACAGUUUACAGUCAUCCAAAAUGCCAUUUUUGUGUGGAUGAGACACCGAUGUUACAAAACAACUUUUGCGUUUAAUCCUGAAAUCGUUUCCGUGUGGACAGGUUGAUAUCGCCUUCAGACAGACUUUGCAGCAGGGAGUUGUUUGAUCUUCAUCCAAAUUGUGAUGAAGAGCAAUUCCACACGACUGACUUGCUCUUGCCCCUUUUAGCCAUGAAAUUAUUAGGAAAAUUGGUUUGACGAUUUUAAUUUUUUUAACAUCAUUAUCAAAUAAUUUGACUAUGAUUUAAAAUCGAUUAAUCGAGGAAUUUGUCCUUGUCUAAUCUUGAACUUCCACGUGUGCUCAGCUGGGCUUGUACCUUCACAUAACUGCUGUCAGGGUUUCUUGGCCUUCGGGCAACAUAGCUCAGCAGAGCGGUGAAAAUCCCUCUUGUUCAUGUGCUGACUUACAAGUUUGUAAACCUGUGUCGUUUGAUGAGUGGUGUCCAACAUUCAACAAUCAUUCAAGUACACUCAUCUACCCAACAGCUAAUGUAAAAUCUCAUCUGAUCAUGUCUUAAAUACAUCAUUAUCUGUUAUGAUCAUAUCUCUUUCCUUUUUAUAAAUACUUUAUUUUCUUUAUCACUGUUUACUGAUUUGUCUGUGUUCCAGUCUGUGUACUUAGUUGUCCGCACCUUAUGUUUUCUCUGACCUGACGGGAGUGGAACUCUGUAUAAGCCCAUCAGCUUCGUUCCCUCCUUGCACUGUUUUUAAUCUGUGCUAAAUAAACAAAUAAAUAAACAAAUGUGGCAUUGACCUUCCUGCCACUCCAAGCUGACGUACAACUUACAGCAUGUCAAUUGUUGUUCUGCGCAGAAAGCUCAAACAUAUGCACAAGCCUACAUUGGUGUUUCCUUUUGCCAACUUUAUAAUAUUGCUGUGUGAACACAAAAAAGCAAAAUGCAACUACGUAUAUGCCAUUUUAUUAUCUGAAUCAGAACAAAGUCUAAUCACUACAGGUGUGAAGGCACCCUAACAGGCAACUCUUUUGAGAUUUUGUCACCUGUUAACGCAUUUUCUUUAUGAAAAUGCUGAAAUACUCUUAAUUAUUUCUACUGAAAAACUUUUUGAUGUUAACACCUGAAAAUGUCACAGAGAUGCAUGUGUGAACAGGGUACGUAUUGUCGUAUUUUCUUGAACAUUAAUACAAGAAGUGCUUUGAUGUGGUGAAUUUCAAUCAUUUGUAAGCAAGUUAUGAAUGUGUUUGUUCAGGCAUCAGAUCUAAGCAGCGGGUGUAGUUACCGUAGGGCAAAACUUGCUGUCAUAAAAUCUGUAGAACCUCCCUGUUGGCACCGUGGCAGCCCACCUGUGUAAAGCCCCACAGCCACAUCAAAGAAAACUCUCUGCUCCGAGACUUCAAAAAUACUUUCAUCAGUGCUUACAGUGUGCCACAUGUUUACAUUCAACUCACAUUAGUUCACAUGCUGGAUGCAGACAGGCACGCCACAGCUGAAGGCAUUGCAAACAUUCUUUUGGCUUGAAGGAUUUGAAAGGCUCAGUGCACUUACAAAGAAUUACACACCCAGUGACACAUCAGUGACAAUUUUCCCUGCAUGUUUGUAUAUGCUUUACUGGAUGGAGGUCUCUUUUUACUCAUGCAUGUGUUUGCAUGAGGUCUAAGUCAGAUUUUACUGCAAUAGGUACGCUACAGGCCAAAAGUUUGGAAGCAAGAUCAGAUUUGUACAAAAAAGAUCAUAGUUUCAUAUAUAGUUUGCAACACGAUAAACAUGACUAUUGUGUAAAGAGUAACUUAUCAGAAGACAUUUUGACUAUAAUUAUUAGGUAUUUGAGUUAUUGUUGCUUAGACUUUUAGACUUUAGACUUUCUUUAAAGUAACCUCCUCUGGCUUUAACAACAGCUUGGCAUAUACCAGGCAUUCGUUCCACAAGUUUUUUAAGGUAUGUUCCAGGGAUUGUAUUCCAAGCUUUCUUAAGUUCAUUAAAAAAGAGACUGCUGAUUUGUGGGACGCGUUUUUCUGACCGAUCGAUCCAGUUCAUCCCGCACAAGCUCAAUUGGAGAAUGGUCUGGAGACUGAGGGGGCCAAACCAUCUUUUCAAGAACACAUCCCUCUUCUUUUUUGUCUAGGUAACCCUGACAGAGCUUGGCAGAGCGCUUAGGGUCAUUGUCUUGCUGCAAAACAAACUUAUGAGCCACAAGUCUGAGUCCAGAUGGAGCAGCAUGGUGCUGGAGGAUGGAGUGGUACUGUUCCUUCUUCACGAUACCCUAUACGUCAAACAAAUCUUCUACUCCAUCACCUGCAAAUCAUCCCCAUACCAUGGAACUACCACCUCCAUGCUGAAUUGUGGCUGUAAAACAUGGCGCUUUCAGACGUUAACCGGUUAGUCUGCGGACAUUGACGCUGCGUUUUGAACCAAACAGUGCAAACUUGUUUCUAGUCAUCAUAGGUCAAAAUUUUGUGAGCUUUUUCACACUCAUAUCUCUUUUUCUUGUUCUGUGGAUGAAGUAGUGUUUUUUUGCAGAUACACAACCCUACAGACCAGCCUUUCUCAAACGUCACUUCACAGUUGUCAGAGAUAUGGGUUUUGACCUUGUCAUGUUGAUUUCCUCCCUUAUUUGUGGUGCUGUCUUUCGCCGAUCUCUCUUACUGGUGACAAUGCUAUGUUUAUCCUCUGCUUUUGUAGUAACUCUCUUUCGUCCAGGUCUUUUUCUAUCAUCAUAACUUCCAGGUCCUCUAGUCUCUACAGAGUGUAGUGGACUCCUUUGUUAGACACCUUUUAGGAGUUUUGCAAUUUCUCUUUCUGUGUACCCUUCUUUCCUCAAUGUACAAAUCUGUACUCUAGUUUCUCUACUCAGUUGCUUCUUUCUAGCCAUUUUUGCGGUAGUUUGAACACAGUUGAGAUUUAUUAGGAUUUGUGUAUGCAGACUCUGAAAAGCCAAAAAGUUGAAGUGAAUAAUCCAAUUGUGAUUAGUUUUUUUUGCUUUUGCACUGAAGUUGUGACUCUUGCAAAUGUUUUCAACCCUAAAUCUAAGCCCUUAUUAUCUUUUCCUGGCAUAUAUUUAGCAAUGGUAUGUUAACACCAAUGUAUAUCUAAAGGUAAAUGGAGUAAAAUGGUAAAUUUCCAUGAAAGCAACAUCUGAUCAUGGAGUAAAUACAUAAAACUAAUGCUGGAUUUUAAAAAAAAGCAUUGUGAACAAAAACUUGAAGUUACUCCCGACUGUUCGGCCUGUAAUGGCCUUGCUUCCAAAAUUUUGGCCUGUAGUGUACAUUUUUAACAUUUUGUUGUGCAGCUUCAGGUAUUGCAUAUACAGUAAAUGCUCUUCUGCUUUAAGCUUCACUGUUUGUUGCAGGAUAAUUCAAUCUAACAUGCUUUAGUGGAGAAUUUUACUUUCAAAACAGUAAAGAAAUAAAUCAAAAACUGUAGAGCAUGUGAGAUGCUAACCUUUGAAUGUAACUGGACAAUAAUUUUCCUAUUUUUAAGUCUUACAGUUAAGAUAAUUAGUCAUAGCUGCAAUUCAAGGGUAAGAUCUGAUAAGAUCUAAUUCACAAAGCACGUAACAGUGAUGAAACUCUGGGGAAGACAUGCACUUGGAGUUGCAAAUAAGAGCUGUGAGUACAUCCUUUUUCCGCUGAAAUGAGAGCCCAAUUCUCUUGAAGAUCUCAAUCAUAGCUAAUGAUGCACAGGGUGUGUGUGUGUGUGUGUGUGUGUGUGUGUGUGUGUGUGUGUGUGUGUGUGUGUGUGUGUGUGUGUGUGUGUGUGUGUGGAAGGGAGGGGGUGGCAGCUCUUUUUUAGUUUGUUUUGAAGUCCAGACUGGACUGAGGUGAAUCCAGUUUCAUAGUCUUACUAGCAGCUUCCUUUCUAGAACAAGUCUGCAACAGCAGGUCAUCCCCCUCUUGUAUAAUCUCCAGACAGUCUCCACACAUCUGGAAAAAAUGUUCCCUCAUGUACUGAAGUUGAGCUGAGGAUAGACCCUCACUGAGGCUGUCUUUAUUGGAGUAAUAAUGUUGAAACACUGUGUGCACUUGGCAUACCUAAUUUUGCUUUAUCUGCAUACAGUUACUGUGUCAGAGUAUAAGCGCAUAAGCUGUAUGCACAGUUGGAUUUUGAGUUAAGAACUAAUGUGUCCUCUUUGUAUGAUUUCUGCUAGGACUGGGCGAUUAUAUGAUCGUGAUCGAUGUUCGCAAUAAAUUUCAGUUCCAUCACGGUGAUCAGCUGUGAGCAUAUUUACUCGAUCAAACAUGGCGGGAAUGUGCGUCACAACAGCCAAUCAGAGUUGAGCUUUUCCGGCUCACUUCUGUAAGUUACCUGAGAAGUAAACAGGAGAAAUAAACUGAAUGACCUAACAUGUAGUUUAACACAGAGCUGAGGGCAGCAAAAGAGAUGUCAGCCGUGACUUUGAGUCAUCCUCUGAAGAUGUUAUUGUUGAGAAGUUAUUCAAUGUCUCUCCAAAGUGACGUCGAGCAAUUAAGCCGAUAAACCGGCAACAUAACAAAUCUGUGUAAUCAUUUGAAGAAGUACUUCCCGAGUGAUUAUGCGGGAAGCAUGAAAAUGUGAGCGGAGUCUGUACAGCCUGUCACUGCUGACGGUACGAGUAGCAUUAGCCGUUUAGCCACAACUAGCGGUGCAGCCACCAGACCAAAGCAACAAUCAAUCAUAUCCAAACCUGCCAACACUCCUGUUUUUCCCGGGACUCUCCCGUAUUUCAGACCUUUCUCUCGUCCACCCCCCGUAUUGUCAUUUCUCCCGGGAAUUUCUCGUAGCAUGGUCUGCAUACAUUCAUGAAUCAGAUCAUUAUAUUUGUCUAAAGUUUCCCGGUUUCCAGACAACCGGAGAUAGUCCUGUGUUUCUGCUGAGCCUCACAGACACUGGAUUGAUACUUUUACUUUACAGUUUGGGAUGAUUCAGGUCAGUUUAGCUGUAAACUUUAUUUAAGCAAUGUUUGUUGCAAAAUGAACACUUCGAUGAAAGGAAAACAAACGCGAGAUAUGCGAGAGUGAUGCAUUCAGGGCACCCUCAGAUAAAAAAGUGCUGUAUUUCAUGCACAGAUGUUCAGAGAGCCUCAUACGGGAGAGCAUGUAAAACAUAUGAGGACUUUAACACUAAUAUUAGUGGACUAAAUAAGUUCAAGGCAUAUGGUACCUAUUAUUUUUUUAUUACCAUUUGUUAUUGUUAAAACAAAACAAAAAAGUGUGCAGCUUCAAUUAUACUAAUUUGGAUGAGCAAUUUAAUUACAAAUACUCUCAUAAUUAGCUCAUAUCCAACAUACGAGGUCACCCUAAAACUGCCCAGCAUGCACCGCAAACAACUCCUGGAUUUCAUAACCCAAAUAUUGGCAGGUUUGCGUAUCAUCUACGUUUACUUCACCUAAUGUUUACAAUUGAAAGCAUAUUCAUUAUCCCUGAGGGGGCGAUUUGUUUAAUUUGAGUCUUGCAUACCUAAUUCUAAUUCUCUGUAUUACUCUGUAUUUAUCUACAUUUUGUUGUACUGUUGAGUUAAAAUGUUUUUUAGAUUUUUCUAAGUGUCUCUUAUUCAAUUUGCUUUGUUAUUUACUUUGUAUGUUAAUAAAAUGUUGAACUAAUCUCUAGUUUUUUUAGUUUUUAGUACAGAUGCUUUAAAACUGGCAGUUUAAAAAAUCGUGAUAAUAAUUGAGAUCGGACUAUAUGACAAAAUAUAUCGUGAUCUUUUUUUUUUUUUUUUUUUCUCGCCAAAUCACCAGGGCCUAAUUUCUGCAUUUAAACCAGCAGUAAGUGUUCCCUACAGCAUACAGACAUGACAGUGGUAUCCUUUUUUUCAUCUUAAUCUCAUCAGGUAUACCUGUGACUCAAGUCUGUUCUAGUAGGAUACCUGCAUCACUGUAGGAGCAAGAGGAUCAAAAAUAUGACAGCCUUGCAUCAGUGAAAGAGACACAUCAACACAAGUGGAUGUAUCUUACCAAGUGUAGGAGUAUUAUUACUAAUGCCACUGGUGAGAGCAACAGAAGGUUUAUAAGUUCAUCAAGUCUGAAAGACAAAUUCCAAGAUUUCAUAAUUUUCUGCCUAAUAAGACUAAAAUAGUAGAGAAAUGGUUUUAUCAUUUCAGGGAAUAUUCUGCAUAGAUCACUUCAGCACAUGCAGAAGUGACAUAACAAGUUUCAAGUGAUGUGGAAGGCUUUAGGUAUUGCCCUUCUCCAGGACUGUCUACAGAGCAUGCCGCUUGGUUAGGCUGUACAAAGCUCAAAAACCACCAGGCUUCUCUUGAGCACCUGAAGUUGAGCAGCUUUUCUUGUUUGCAAUGUCUCUGCCCUGCUCUGAGCUGGUUGGCGCUGUGUUUUUUUCGGUGAUGGCUUCACUUAUUUUGGCUAUUUUUAUUUGGCUCCAGUUGCCUGUAUGCCUGCCUGCCUGUGUCCAUGAAAUGCUCAUUACAGGCUGAAAUCCAUCAGAAUUUUUUAUACUGUAAGGAAAACUAUGUCACAGUGAUAAGUGUCAUAGUUUCAUGGCCCUGUGCUAGAGUUGGCUGAAAGCCAACUUCCUCUGUUUUUAAUAUACUCCCAAUCAACAAUAAACAGACUGAAAAAAUAAUUAAAAUAAUCAUAAUUCUCACCAGACUAGUUUUGCAGCUUUGAUUUUUUGACUUUGGCACAUUUUGUCUUGCCAUUGAUUUUAUAUGGACCCUGGCGGGACUUGCAAGACCUUUAGGAAGCUUUUGAGGGUUGAAAUGAAAAAAUGAAGAACAAGCAAAAGCAAACCUUCCCAAAUUCCAAAGAUAUUUUGGGCAGUACAGGGAGUUACUCUUUCAAAGCACAGGCAAGAAUCAUUUGAAAGAGUACAUCUAUAAACCGAGAUUGUCUAAUAAUAAAGAUUCAUACUGACGAGGCCCAUUAAAAUAAAUAUAGUCAGUGAGAAUGUUAUAAUUCCUCAAGAGCAGUUGGGUUACUGUAAAACUGGCCACACCAUGGCUCAGAAACAGAGGUUUACUUUAAAAUCAGCACAUUUGAGGAGCGGGACCUCACUGGAUCAGACAGCUCCCUGAGAAGAGUAGCACAGCAGACUCUGUGUGUGCCCAUACUGAACCACAGCAGGGGGAUAAACCAGUCCUGAUGAUGAAGUGUGCACUCUAAACUCGUUCACCUCUGCUAGACCCACUGCUGCAGCUGCUAGUACCACAUCUGGCACCUGUGGGCUGAAGGAAAGAGUCUCGGCUGUCCCCGGCUCAACACUGGAAUAUGCUGCGGCAGCUCUUUUUCCUGUGGAUCAGCUUUGUACUCGUCUGUGUUUCAAAGUCACCACAUGAACAUUUAGAUUUGCGUUUCUGAAAUCUGUUUUGAUAGGCUGUAAUUGCACUAGGCCAAAAUACAGCAUGCAACUUUCAUCUUCCAGUUAAAGUAUGAUAGGUGUCUCAUGAAUGCACAAGUGUGAGUUUGCAUUGUAGUAGUUAACUUUUGUUUCAUUCUAUAGUGCAAUACUAAAUGGUGCAGGAACACAGUUAACAACAUGUAGAAACUGCCAACAGCUAUAAUGAAGUGAAACCCUGCUUAAGACCCCCAAAACAAACAAAAGUGCAACAAUCUCAGUUGCAACAAUAGAGCGGCAAAACAGAAAACACUUUGCCUUGUUCAUGUCUGUUACAGUCUAUGAUGAUUCAAGGCCCCUUUUCAAACACAGAGAUCUGAGGGAGCCGCUGGCAUCACAAAACGUCCCUGCAGACAUUAAAAUUGAGGACCACCCUCUCUCUGAUGCAUCUGUCCCUUUUCCUGUGUCCACUUAUGCUUGACUGGUGCAGCUGAGGGCUUAAAAACUACAAAAACCACAACUGUGUUUGGGAAAAGUGGUCCAGACCAUUUGCAGCAUCUCCUCCAGUUUUCCUAGGGUGCUGGUGUUAGUGUGUAACAUUUAUUUUUAGAAACUCCGCCCCAUAUUUUAUCUUUUGUACUUUGGAGGGUAACUGGGGAUACUGCUUCCUGUGGAGGAAGCGGAAAGGAGUGGGCGAGGGGGAUUAAAGAGAUGCAUGGUCUUGUCCCCCAGUACAGAUUUGACUACAGACAAAUCUGUACUCCAUGUUUCAUCUCUCUUCCGAUUCAGCGUCCCCCCUCCUCUGUUAGAUCCUGCACCAAAGCACAGAGCAAACAUGAAGCAGACCACAUGUCAGAGAUUAUUUUUGUCAAUCCCACAGAGUUACUUUGUUGAAGGAGUGAGAGCUGCACGUUUUUUUGCAGCGCAGUUGUUGAAUACAACAAAGAAAUCCUGAUACGUUGUUUAACAACACAUGUACUGUCCUUAUUUUACUUCCUUUAUUAAAAGCUGUUCCUUCUUUCCGAUUAUUCUAAAGAAUUAUGUUCGUUCUCUAAACAAGCUGAGACUGUGCAGCCUUUCCUCUUCAGUUGUUCAGGGAGUGACGUAAUGUGGCGGUAAGAGCAAACCAUUGUGUCCUGGAAGUGGAAAUUGUGAAAGAGGAGUCAGUUAGGUUGGGCCACAGUUUUUACGCACAAUGAGCCAGUUCCAGAUUAGGUCAACUGUCACUGCUGGGAAGUUUUGAAGCUGUAGACACCUGUUGUUUGUGCAGAACCGCCUUGGUUGUGUCACAUUUAUAAUUCCUGCAACACUGUGUGUGUAAGCUGCUCAUUCAUAAACUUAAAGAUCAAUGCCGCACCUUUGUAGCACUGUUUUUCUCACAUGCAUUUUCAGAAAUUGCUAUUUCUCAGAGAUUUGAGACCUAUUUGGCUUUAGAAAAGACAUUCAUAGGAGUUGGAUUCUAUUAACAUAAUGAUUCCCAGAACCUUCACCUGAAAUGGGAAAUUUGAUUCAGACAUACCCAUCUGCAGCCCAGACUUUUAAUCAAGCACCUUUUAUUAUAUCAAAGUUCAGUUUCUUUAGAAGUCAAAACUUGGUGAUUGUUGUGGCUGCUGGUGCCCAAUCAUACUGCGCCUUCUAUUGACAACCAGGUUCUUCAUGGUUUUGGUUUAGCUCAGUGAUUAUAUCCCCCAUUCACAAGGGCUACAGUCCACAAAGCAGGUGGCCUAGUUCACAAGAAAAAUCCUGCGAGAUCAUCAUAAUUUCACUUACAGAACAACACAGUUCUAACUUCUGGUGCCUACAAUCUCUUCUGUCAAUAUAAAACAUGGAGCAAAACUACUUGACCAAUAAAUAAACAACAUUAUAAACCACCGAAUGAGCUUUACAAGAGCUGGUACCAUAAAUAUCUUAAAAGGGAUGAAAUGCAAAAACCUUUGAGCAAUUUCAAAAAUUAUUUUGUUGACUUUGCAUAAAGGUAUUGGUAGACACAACGGUAUGACUCUGUGCCUCUUCUAACCCAAAGUUACAUCUUAUCACAAAAGUCUUUGAAUGACUGUUGUUUGUUUUUUGUUUUCUUUUUGCAAAGACCAACUGCACCUCCUCUUUUCUAAUGCAGACACUUCAUGUCAUUUUUCUAUAUUUCAGGUAAGCACAGCUGUUCAAGGACUGCAAUGUCAUCAAAAAUGCAGAGCUCCAGCAGCAUCGCUCUGGCCAGGCGGACAGUGCAGCAGCUGAGGAUAGAGGCCAGCAUUGAGAGGAUAAAGGUGCCUUUAAUAUGUAGUCAUGAAACCACUCUGAGUAUCCUUGUUUUAUUACAUGCUUGUCCAGGUGGAUCACAGUGUGGACUGAUUUCUCUGCAGGUGUCUAAGGCAUCAUCAGACCUGAUGCGUUACUGUGGAGAACAUGCCAAGUAUGACCCGCUGCUCAUGGGUGUCCCUGCUUCAGAAAACCCUUUCAAGGACAAGAAGCCUUGCACUGUUCUGUAG